UCGUCAUCUUCAUCAUUGAUCUGAUCUACUUUUCAUGUACAAUUAAUGUACAUACACCGUAUAAUACAUACUUCACUGUUGUUCUAACUUCAUAAAUCGAUGACACACUUAGUUAUAUGUGUAGCUGUAUUGUAACAUAGGUGUUAUCUGUUAUUUGAAUGUGAUGUGGUUACAUGCGCAAGAAGAAUCAGAAUAAUUCCAGUAUUUGAUCUGUUAACUAGUAUGGAUUUAGAGGUCAAAUUGACUUUUUCAAUUUAGGGAAAUUACUGGUGCUAUCAUGUUUAAUCCAUGUAAGCAUGAACUAUUGGUAUGCUCUUAUCUUGCUUGAUUUUGGUCCAGGAUCUCAAGAUAGUCUGGUAUGUACAAGUAUUAGCUUCUCAUAUCCCUGUUUUGCCCUUUCUUGAUAUUAAUACACCUUAGGGUGGAGGGUAUAGUCAAUCACCUUAGGGUGUUUGAGUGAAAUCCUACCCAAUAAUAUUAUGCCAUGUUAACUCCCCAUUCUACUACCCAUUUUACACUCAAUCACUAGGUAUAGUCAAACACCCCUCAAUUUAAAAAAAAAAAGAAAAGAAAAAACUUGAUUGGUCUCUCCUCUCUCCUCUCCUCUCAAUCACACUCAAUCCAAUUCGGUGAACAAUCACCGAUUUUUGUUGCCUCUCUCUUGGUCACCGCACAUGUUCAAACAGAGGGUAUAGUCACCGAUUCGGUGACUCUACUCACCGCACAAGUCCCCGAGGGUUAUACCCUCUACCCUUAGGAAAAAAAUGCAGUAUAAUGGCAUAGUGCACAGAAGCAUAUUUUUAAUGCAUCUUCUAGGCUUCCUUUAGCGUCAUUCUCAUCUAUUUUUAUGCACGUGUAUGCUUAUUUACGAGUGAGAUAACUUGUGAUCAUACAAACGAUAGUAAUACUAUAUUAGCUUAAGUCUAUUUGUUCUGUUGUACUAGUUCUUGUGGAGACAAAGAGGAUACAGAUUCUUUCUUAUGCAAAGUGGUUCAUAUCUGAAUCCAGGUUAUCUAGACAUUUAUCAAUUCACCGUGAUGGAGCCAAAUGAAACCAAUUUCAUGUCAGGUUUUGAAUUAGAUGCACUAGAGUGUUAAGUUGAUAUUGCCACCUAAACUUCCAUAUUAAGGACACUGGACACAUGCUCAGUCGAACAGUCCCUACUGGCUGCUGCUGGAAAAUUUUAAUAUUUCACAAGCUGAUAAUCCUCAAGCCUGUGGAUCAAGGGUUGAAAGGGCAUAACUGUUGCCCCGUUUCGAGAGAAAAUAAUUCUUUCAAAGAUUUAGGUUGCACAGAUCGAACCUGAUCUGAUCAGCACAAUGGACAAUGCUGAACCGUUCAGUGCCUCAACAGCACCGCUGACAUGGCACGACUUCUUGGAACGUAUGCGACAUCCAUCCGCCUCAGAAUUUGUCAAAUCCAUUAAAACUUUCAUUGUAUCCUUCUCAAAUAACCCUCCAGAUCCUGAAAGGGACAGUGCGGCUGUACAAGAAUUCCUUACCAAUAUGGAAACCGCAUUCCGGGCCCAUCCUCUUUGGGCCGGCCGGUCCGAAGAAGAGUUAGAUAGUGCAGGUGAAGGGCUUGAGAAAUACAUCAUGACAAAAUUAUACACGCGUGUCUUUGCCUCGCAUCCGGACGACGUAAAAGUAGACGAUGAACUGUACGAAAAAUUAGCUUUAGUCCAGCAAUUCAUCCGACCCGAACACUUAGAUAUUCAACCAACGUAUCAAAACGAAACAUCAUGGUUACUUGCUCAAAAGGAGCUACAAAAAAUUAAUCUCUACAAAGCACCACGAGACAAACUCGUGUGUAUCCUAAGUUGCUGUAAAGUCAUCAGUAACUUGCUGUUUAAUGCUUCAACUGAUGCGAAUGAAAGUCUGCCCGGUGCUGACGAGUUUCUUCCGGUUCUUAUAUACGUUACGAUAAAAGCAAACCCGCCUCAGUUGCACUCGAAUUUGCUGUACAUUCAAAGGUACAGACGGGAAUCUAGACUAGUUGGAGAAGCAGCUUAUUUCUUCACCAACAUGUUAUCCGCUGAAUCAUUUGUUAUGAACAUAAAUGGGGAAUCACUUUCAAUGGAUGAAACGGAGUUUCAGAAGAAUAUGGAGUCCGCUCAAGCUCUUAUUUAUGGAUUAUCGGGUGAUUACGAUGGUGGUCAAAGUCAAAGUCAAAGCAUAUCAGAACCUAAAGAAGUCAAGAAAGAAAACAGUAGUACGGUUGCAGUUGAAUCAACAAACAGUAGUACUGUUGCAGUUGAAUCGACAACCGAAGAGCCAAAUGUGAAAGAACAACCUGUGAGUAAAACCCCAUCAGUUUCAGAUUUGGAGAAUAAAGGAGCGAGUAUGAUCUUGAAAGAUGAAACAUCGAUAAAAGAAUUUAGGAAUUUCCCGUAUUUUUACUCGAGAGCGGGUGAUUUGACUGUGGGUGAUGUGGAAGAUCUGCUGAAUAGUUAUAAGCAGCUUGUGCUAAAGUAUGUUAGUCUUGCAAAAGGGUUGGGUGUUCCAGCUUCAUCAAGUGAAACCCAAAACAAAAGUGUAACUACAGAUGCAGCAGAAGAUGAGGGAAGUACAGGGGUUUUUAGUGAGAAUACAGAAUCAAAAUUAGGCGAAGAACGAGCCGAGGACAAAGUUCAAUAAUCGAUAUUGUUUUUAACUUUGUUGGAACAAAGCCAAGGUUGUUUCUUUGUGGGUGUGAUUGGGUAUUUUUUUGCUCUUGUUUCGAUAAAAGAUUUUGGUUAUAAUUAGUUGAUUACUCGUACGUUAAAAUUGGGAGAUUCAGGCUCAUUUGUUGUAUUGUUUGCAAAGUUAUGCAAGAUUACCUGUUACAUGUAUC